AUGGCUAACUCAUCGACGGAAUGUCCAGGCUUUGGCAUCAGGACCCAAUCGAACUCGGUAUCGUCAGGUACCGACGAGACAUUGGUCAAAUCCGCCGCCUCCAGUGAAGCUACCAUUAGCUCUCUGCUAUGCAAAAAGACCGUUCUUUCCCCCUCUCCCCCUCCCCCACCUCCCCCACCUCUCCCACCUCUCGUUACCGCUCUUGAUCGCGUUCCUCCCAAACCCCAAAAAGAUAUCUACGCCUGGCUUCGCGCCCUCAUACUGAGCAUUGGAGGCACGCUUUUCGGAUACGACACCGGUACAACCGCAGCGGUCUUCAACAACGUCGGCAACGAUCUGGGGACGGAGGUCUCGCCGGAGCACAAACAGGUCUAUGCCACGCUGGACUUCGUGGGAGCCCUGUGCGGCUGCCUCACGGGCGCCGCUGCCGCACACAGGCUGGGCAAGCGCCGCGCAAUCUACGUCGGAAUCGGCUUCUCCACCAUCGGGAUCAUCAUCCAGUGCACUUCCAACUCGAUCGGCCAGAGCCUCGCGGGGAAGUUCAUCGCCGGACUGAGUACAGGUGUCGUAUCGACUGUCAUCCCCAUGUACAUCGCCGAGCUAGCACCGGCGGAUAAGCGCGGUGCCAUGCUGGGGCUCUGGACCAUGGUUGUCACCACGUCUCAGUUGAUAGCCUACGGGAUCGGGACCGGUCUCCGCGCGGUCGACAACGGGUGGAGAGCGAUCGUCGCCAUCGGCGCCACGUUCAACGUUCUCCUCGCCGUGUUACUGCCGCUGGUCCCGCAGUCGCCCCACGAGAUCGUCAGUCGCGAAGACGGGCCCGAUGCUGCAGAACGCGCGACGAAGAUAUGGGAGAGGCUCAACCCCCGAGCCAGCCGCGCGCAAGCCCGUGCGGAAAUCGAGACGCUGGUCAGGGAGAAGCGCGAGAGGGCCUGCGGUACGCUGCGGGACAAGUUGAAAAGGUUAACGGCCACCCGGCAGGAGCGGCGGAAGCUGCUCGUCGCGUGUCUCCUCAUGCUGUUCUCGCAGGUGACGGGCUUCAACUCGCUGAUGUGCUACGCGCCGACCCUGCUGGCGCAUGCUGGGGUCAAGAACCCAGAGAAGUUGUCGCUUCCGAUCAUUGCGUGCAAUGUCGUGUUCACGGCCAUCUAUGUCCCCAUGGUUGACCGGAUCGGAAAGCGGAGGAUGAUGCUAUCAUCGCAAGCAUCCUCUCAGCCAUCGCCUGGCACUCCAUCCCCUCCCCCUCCCCCCCCCUUCCCCUCCCCCCCCUUCACCAGCAGCCCCCUCGCCACCACCCUAAUCCUCACCUCCGCCCUCCUCUUCGUCGCCUCCUACGCCUCCGCACUCGGCAACGCCCCCUGGGCCUCCACCGAGUUCUUCCCCGCCGACCUCCGCCCCUUCGGCGCCAUGCUGCUCACCAUGAGCAACUGGACCGCCAACAUCCUCGUCUCGGCAACCUUCCUCACCACCUUCCGCUCCCUCGGCGGCACGCGCACCUACGUCAUCUACGGCGCGCUCGGCCUCGCCUGCUGGCUGUUCGUCGCCGCCGCCGUGCCCGAGACGAAGGGCAUGGCGCUGGAGGAGGUCGCCACCGUCUUUGAGGAUGAGCGCUGGGCGGGGCCCGUGAGGAAGGCGAGGGCCUGGCAGAGGAGCCACGGACACGGACACGUGCAUAGCAGGCCCGCGGGAGCGGGAGCGGGAGCGGCGGCGGCGGCGGCGGCGUCACCGCCCGCGCGAGAUUUGCACGUCUGA